AUGACAGGCGGAUCCCAGGAUAGCCUCAUAAUUGGCAAGUGGGUUAUUGUCGGCGGUCUCUGCGUCCAACUAGUCUUCUUUGGAGCCUUUAUCAUCACGUCGCUUGUCUCCCAUGUCAAAAUUCUUCGGACUCCAACUGCCGAGUCUGAGCAAACGAUGCAACCUCAUGCAUUCAUUUGGCCGCGUGACUGGAGGGGUCUUUUGUUUGCGUGUUAUGCGGUUAGCAUGGUGAUCUUGGUUCGAUCUGUCUACCGCCUCAUUGAGUUUACGCAGGGCAAUGAUGGCUAUUUUAUAAGUCAUGAGGUAUUUGUAUACGUCUUUGAUGCUGCUAUGAUGUUCUUGGUUAUGUUUGUUAUGAACGUGAUGCAUCCUUCUGUUGUUUUGCGGCGGGAGGAUGCCCGUUGCUCUAAGAGUCGUCCGGCCGAGCCCUCAGUCGCAGCUGCAAUUGUAGCAAUCAUUCUCUUCGUCAUCGCAACAAUAGCCCACAUCUUCUUUGCAUGGAAACACCGAACCAAAUUCCUCAUCGCGUUCAUUGUUGGCGGUAUACUCGAAGCCAUCGGAUAUGUAGCGCGAGCAAUCAGCGCUCAACAAACCCCAAAUUAUUCUGCCAUGCCAUACGCCCUCCAGAGUUUGUUCAUUCUGAUUGCGCCAUCGCUAUUUGCCGCUUCUGUUUACAUGAUCUUGGGUCGCAUUUUCCGUUUGACCGAUGGUGAUUCCAGAUCUCUUAUCCGGGCAACGAGAUUGACCAAGAUUUUCGUACUAGGGGAUGUGCUAGCAUUUCUAAUCCAGGCUGGCGGUGGUGCAAUACUAUCCGGGUCAAAAUCUGCCAGCAAUCUCAAGCUCGGUGAGCGAAUCAUCAUCGUCGGCUUACUUGUCCAGAUUGUAUUUUUCGGAUUCUUCGUCAUUAUCUCUGUCAUCUUUCACAGGAAAAUGGCAAAUAAUCCUACUUCAGCAUCUCUGAGCACAAAGGUCAACUGGAAGCUUUACCUCAUGGUGCUGUAUGCAGCUAGUUUCCUGAUUAUGGUUCGUUGCAUCUAUCGUGUGGCGGAGUAUAUUCAAGGGCAGAGUGGGACUCUCCAGAGCCACGAAUACUUUGCUUAUGUCUUUGAUACUGCUUUAGUGUUUCUUGUUAUGGUUUUGUUUCUUAUCUUUCAUCCUAGCCAGGUUGUGCCACGUGAUAAGGCUCAGCUUGAUGAACAUGGGUUGAUGUAUACAGAGUUGAGAGGAUGA